AUCCACAGUUCGGGGGCCCCGUACGAUUCGGCAUCUUAGGCGACAUUAGCUGAGAGAAACAAUGAGGCCGAGAUCGAUAUCCGAAGAGGUGGAAGAAAUGAUACAGAUGGCGAGAAGACGAUGGGUGGAUUGUACAUGCAGUUCAAGUAACGUAGCAGCAGUCUUGCGUGUUCAUUCUCAAAUGAGACUUUCCACGGCGCGGCGGGACGUGUUCCAGACCGCGAACAAUUUUGAGAAAAAAAUCACGACAUUCAUGAUUUCCUUCACUGCUUCCCUAUACCCAAUGGACAGAGCAUGCUGGCGUCAUUCCGUUCGAUAUUGGCCAACACGCCCAAGAAGUUGAAGGGGCUAGUAGACCUAAUCCUAGAGAUGCACAAAAGCAAAAGUACUCAAACGUAUUUUCACCCUUCAUAAUUUUUUUUUACAUCCAUAAAGAGAAGGAACAAAAGCAAUUCUUAAAUACGGUCAACACAUCACUCUCUUGGAUGUACAUGUAUUGAGGAACCAGCUUAGCAGUAUGGCCUUCACCCCCCACUUAUCUCAGUAUAACCAACAAGAUAAAUGGGGGAACAUACAUACCCUUUGACGUAUUCUACAUAUAGCGCUGUCUAUACCCAGAAAAGAGAAAAAUUUAAGCUUGUAUUUUAUCAUCUCUCUCGGAACUUCAUUCCGCAUUUAGUAUAUCAUAG